AAACAUAAUGAUUAGCGUGCUGGGGUUGCUAAUAUUGAUUACUUCAUCUAUCACAGCAUGGAAACCGUUGGAUCCGGAGCAAGUGUUGUUUGGAUUUUCGAGGUGUGGUGAGGAUUACACUCCAAAUGAUGAAAAUCGAACGGUUCGGAUAAAAAACUGGGCCAAAUGGAAACUUGAACCCGUGGACAACUGGACCAUGUGCUACGUACAGUGCUGUUUGGAAAAACUAGAGUUGUUUAAUGUGACGACUAAAAGGUUUAUGACCCAUCACCUCAACAGCCAAUUUGAAGGAUUCAAAAAGUACAACGAAUUAAGUCAAACAAGUGUCGAUGAGUUUGUCGCAGCUUUGCAUAAUUUUGGAGAGUUGCAUGACUGUAAGGCUGUUUUCUAUGCACUGACUGUUAAGCUGAAAAAUCACAUGCUUACAUUGAUUAAAUUGUUCAAUGGAAGUCCUAGGAUCAAUACGAAGAUUUACAGAGAUUUGGGCUCAACCAUUCGUCAGAGAAAGCAAUCUUAUGUGGAGUUUUGUGAAAAUAAGUUUAUAACAUGCAACAAAACCGAUAUUUGCAACUUUCGACAACGUAAAACACGCAGCUCUACGAAAAAUUAUGGAAAUUUGGUUAAUUGCAUUUUCGCAGGAUUUCGCUACUUGGAUAAACAAGAUAAAAUAGAUCCACAGGAGGUGAUCAGAGAUUUCCAUGCUAUUGGGCAAUCCACACUAGACGAUGAAAUUCGUAUCACCUUAACAAAAUGCCCUCAAAACAAUCGACCAGCCACUGCCCAAAACUACUUCAAAUGCAUGAUUUCCAACAAAAAGCUCAAAAACCCCUUUCGCGAAGCCUUCGACUAUCGCGAGUUCCGCUCGUCCGACUACGAUUACGCCUUCACCAUUCCGGGACCUCCAACCUACGACCGUCGCCAGGUGGCAGCGGCCAAAAGGAAAAGGAUUUCCGCACUGGGUUGUAACUAAUUUGUCCCCACUGAAUCAGAAUCAGUCCGAUGAAUGUCACAUUAAAGUCGUAAACUUGCGAUGUAAAAA